AUGAAACACCAAAAGAAUACAGAAGAAUUUUCAAAAAUCAAAGCUGUUGUUGAUGAACUUGAAUUAAUAGCAGAUUUAAUUUUUCCAGGUCUCUUCUGCCGAGAUCCAGACACGGGCAAACUGCAUGCUGUAAACACCACGUGGCCAGCUACCUCAUUCUGCGGCAACUACCACUGUAAAAUACGAAGAAAGAACUUAACAGGUCACGUAUACGCUCCAAUGCGACAAGUCAACAUAACCAACCUCAAACUGAUAGGAGAAAAUUUUACAUUAAUAGACAUCAAAGAUGAUAACAAUAUUAAUAAAGACGAAGUUGCUAAAAACAUUGUUAAUGUCGACAAAAAAACUGAACCUGAUAUCAUAGAUGGAAUACUCAAUCUCAAAGGAGAAACAGGAACAAAAUUAGAUGAUAUCGUCGAAGACAGUAACGAAACGGAACAAGAUAGGUAUUUAUCAGAAAAAGAGAUUAGAAGUCUAACAGAAAUGCUUCACACAGUCAAGAAAAGUGAUUUGGAUGCUAUUGUAGAAAUCUAUAAUUUGGCACAGGAUAUAUAUAAGGAAAUCGAUAAAACAAGCACGGACCAUGUGUUAGAAGAUAUUAUGCAUACUGCAAAAACUGUAGAAAACAAAUUCACGAGAUCUGAUCUUCUACAAAAGGUUAUUAAGCAAGGGCAUGUAUCAUAUUGGUAUGAGCCUUUAGCUAGCGGUAAGGUGAGAGCAGCAGAUUUGAUGCGUCCCGACAUGUCACGAACAGAAACUAUGAGGAACGAUAUGAUUCCUGUUAUACCCGCAAUUCCUAUCGAUAUAGAACCUCCGGUGGAUAUGGUGCAAGUAGAACCACCCAAACCAGCAAUUAAUACAAAAUUUUCUCCUACACCAUCUUCGGAACCCUACCCGGCAAAUCAAAUGCGAAGAAUGACAGAUACAUUAUUGACUGGGCCUCUUAUAACACACAAAGAUUUUGGGAAACUGCCCUAUUAUUAUCCGAUGUCGAAUUUCCAAAGAAUGGCUUCGUACCAGCAUGAUCCAAAGAAAACGAAUACUCCAAGUCCGAGAGGAGCAGCACCGCAGCAGCCUUACAAAGCUAUGACUUAUAAACCAAUGUAUACAGGGAAAUACCAAAAGGAAAUUCAGAAAUCAAUCUUGCUGCCGUACCCAUUCUCUAACAUUCACCAUUACAACUGGAGUCAUCCUCAGAAUAUGUACCACAGGAAUCAUUUAUUCGAAGAUAAAGAAUCCCUACCGAACAACAAUCCAAAUCCUCUGAGCAACCCAAAUACACUGAGCAAUCUAAAUAUUGUGAGCAACCCAAAUACACUAAGCAAUCUAAAUGUAGUGAACAACGCAAAUACACAGAACAAUUUAAACGCACUGAACAACCCAAAUGCACUCAAGAAACUAAAUACACUGAACAACCCUAAUACACUGAGCAAUUUAAAUACGCUACACAUUCUCAAUGCACUGAAAAAUGCAAAUACACAGAACAAUGUAAACAACCCAAAUAAAGUAAACAAUCGAAAUGCGCUGAACAACCCAUUAACACUGAACAUUCCAAAUACACUAAAUAUUCUAAAUGCACUAAAAAAUUCAAAUAAACUGAAGACUCUAAAUACACUGAACAACCUGAAUGUACUGAGCAACCCAAAUACACUGAAUAUUCUGAAUGUGCUCAAGAAUCCAAAUGCACUGAAGACUUUAAAUUUAAAUACACAAAGCAAUCCAAUUACAUUGAAAAAACAUAUACAAAAACCGAAAAAUGCCGUACUUAUGAAUCCAGAUUUGGAGAACUUUCAAGAUUUAGAAAUAAAAUCUACAAACAAUAAAGAGCAGAUAGCCAGAUCGCAAAAUUCAGAUGAUAGGAGAAAACCUGAUUGGCAGACAGAUUCGUUGCCCAAGCAAAUAUUAGAAGAAGUGAGAGCCCAUAUACAGGAGAAACAAAGGGUGUUUAUCCACCCUUUCCCAUUAAGAAAAAAAGUAAAGUUAGAAAGAGUGGGCAAAGUCCAUAAAAUGGAUGAAGUAAAAAGAACCAAAAGACAGGUGGAAGGGAAAAAAGUAACCAAAGAAGCCCAGUUAGAACCAGAACUAUUCGAGGUUUUUAUAGGAAAUACGACAUGUAAUUCUGACUACACCGUACCUGGGUUCUUUCGGUACGGAAACUUGAGUCAGCCAUUUCCUGAGUGCUGUCCACAGAGAAUACAAACCCGGUGAAUUUUAAUAAGUAAAAAUAAAUUAAAUUAGACAGUAAAAAUAAAUUGUACAUGAUACUCAUUAAUAGUAGAAAUAUUAGUGAAUAAAUUUAAAUAUCUCUUAAGUGGUUUGUGAGUGAGUUUGUACCAGAAGGUCAAAGAAAUACCAAAAAAUGUAUAAGUUAUGUUCCUUUUUUAUAACGAAGAAUGUGUUCAAACAUUUUUGUUUUUUAGUAACAAAAGUUUUCUUAAAAAUAUUGGCGUAGUCAAAACAGUUCUUUUGUUUGUUUAAAAUUAAUUAAAUGAAACAAAUAAUUGCUUUCUUUCAUUUUUCUGUGAAAUUAAUUAGAGUAAAAAGUGCUGUGUAAAUAAAAUGUGGAUUGAAAUUAAAUUAAUUAUGCAUGUAAA